GCUAGUCCAGAAAACCAAACUAUUUUAUAAGUGAUGUCUUCAUAAAAUCUUUCUCGAGAAUUGUUGAAUUUUGAUUCCAUUACCUAAGAAAGAUUGAAAGUGCAUCGUGAAAUACCUUAAAGGUGUUACGAAUUGGCAGAUAUAUGGCAAGAUAAGGACAAAUGUACUGUUGGAGGUAAUAUUGCUUUUCAUAACUGACGUCAAACAAAGAGCGCUCGAUUCAGUCUUCCUGUGAGCGUCAAAUGUUGUUGAUGUAUGCAGUUGUUGUUAUGGCUACUCCUAGGCCUAGUUGGACACGAUACUUUACGAGAAUAAAAGCACGACUACUAUGUGAUCAUACCGACUUGUGAGAGGUAAGAUGGACUACAAACUUUCAGCUUUGGACACAAUUCAUGUGUCUGCAGUUCUGGAAGACUGUGUUGACCAGUUGGCUAUCCUUGGGAGCAUAAUACCAGUCUCUUCAGAAAAUCACAGAGGACAGCUUGUUAGCAAUGAUAUACUUGGGCUAAUUGAAGGCCAAGAAGAGCUUGAAAGAAAGUAUGAGACUUUGGUUUCAAGUAAAGCCCCAAAAUCACAAGAACUGGAAAAUGUUUCAAAGGCUUUGCAAAAUCACACUAAAGCUCUGAGCAGAAGUUUUCGCCAGGCCACUGGUGCAAAUGACACACUGCAGAAAAUACAGUCUGAUAGAAAAUUUCUUCUUGACAUUUUGAAUGAAACCCUCAACGAAAUAAAGGAAGAGCAGACUUUCUCCACUCUUGUUAAUGCUGUCAGUGAAGAAAAGAGGAAGAAAACAGAGUUGCAAGAUAUUAUCAUUAAGGAAGAGCAAAGUCGAAAGAAAGUUAGAAAUUUGCAAAAGCAACUUUUGGAAGUCAAAAAAGAAAAAGAAAUUGAAGUUCAGAAGCGCAAAGAAAUGAUUGCACACCUGAAAGAUCAGCUGCAGGAAACUAAAGCAAAGACAAGCAUGGAAACAAAAUAUAUAAAGAAGGAUGCAGAGGUUCGGGUGAGCUGUGCACAAAAGCAGUGUCAGAAAACUGAAUCUGAGUUAAAAGAAGAGAUAGAGGUCUUAAAGCAAAAAGUGGAUGAAGAAGCACGUGUGAACAACGAAAUCGAAUCAUUUUUAAGACAGCAUUAUGCGAUGCUAGAAGAAAAAUUGGAAUAUUGGAUGGAAAAAUAUGACAAAGAUGUAGAAGCAAAACAGCACGAGCUUGAUGUUCUUAAAGCCAACAAAUCUCACGAUCUGGCACGUUUACAAGAGCUCACUUUGAAGUAUAAUGAGUACGACAAAGUUGUCAUGGAAGAUAGACGGGAAAAGGAAAUUGAAAGAAAAAAGGCUGAGCAAGAACUGGAAGAGCAAAGAGCUUGUACAAAGAUACAGUCAUGGUGGCGUGGUGUUAUGGUGCGUCGUCAGCUCGGCCCAUACAGCAAAAAGAAGAAAAAGAAAGGAAAAAAGGGAAAGAAAUCCGGUAAAAAAGGUGGAAAGAAGAAAAAGAAGUAAUCAAACGAAUCGACGCUAAUUUGUACAUAUAUUUUUAAUUAAAACUUCCGUUAUUAUUUGUGAUAUUGUUUCUUCAAGAAUUUAUGCUGGAAAUUAAAACCAAUGGCUAGA